CUCACAGCAGCAACAAAGCCUCUCUUUUGGAGGUGGACUACAAAAUUUAUCCAAGAACACAACUACUUUAAUUAAUAUAGAGACAGACAGAGUGGAGCGGGCAGAUAGAAUUUUUUGAGAAUUCAUAUUUGAAAUCCUUCCAGAUUUUCUAUUCAUAAAGUUUUGGUUUUUGCUAAUACAUAUCUAUUAACUUUGACAUUACUGUUAAUACCAUAUUCAAAUACAUAUCUCCCACUGAGGAAAAGAUAUACAGUUUGAUGUGAGAUAGAAACUUCCACAAGAGAGACAAUCGCCCUUCUUCUGUCUCCGUCUCUUCUAUUGAUCAUCCAGAUCUGUUUGUUGACAAACCACCCUUUCACCUCUAUCUUCUCUUCAAGAAACCUUUUUCAGAUCUUUUGGUUCAAGCCUCAAGGGUUUUUCUACCUUAUGAUCUCCUGUCUUCUCUUGACAAAACCAUCCUUUUCUCAACAUGGAUAAAAUAAUUAGCAUCACUCAGCCGUUUAUUUAGUUUUCCCACUUGUGUAAACAACUCUCUUCAGAUCCAUUUCAUCAGUUUCAAAAGUCCAAUCUUGCAUUGUUUUUCAUCUGGUUUUGUGCUUCUCUUUAACAACCCUCUCAAGUUUGGAUGAGUGUGGUUUAUUUGCCGGGUUUCCUUCACAAUCUGGGGUUUCUAGGGGAAAAAACUACUUUUUGUUGUGAUGUCUUAUAGUGUUAAAAAUACCAUUCCAGACCAAGAAACAUCCAACAAUGGUACUGGUAACGCUGCUAAUUGUUGCUCCAGGGCUUCAUCUCAGCUAAAACUGUACCAAGCUUUCAUCUUUUCGGUUCCAAUUCUCUUUACAUUUAUUCUUCUCCUCUUGUUUUAUUUCUUCUAUCUCCGUCCCCGGAGGGUGGACUGGUCUUCUCUCAGAAUGAGGACUGGUAAUUUCAUGCCAACAUCUGAAAGUAGUGAUGAUAUCUCCAGGUGUGAAUUGGGGUUGAAGAAGGAGCUGCGAGAGAUGCUACCCGUUAUCGUGUUCAAGGAAAGUUUUUCUGUCAAAGACACACAAUGCUCAGUUUGCCUUGGUGAUUACCAAGCAGAGGAUAGACUUCAGCAGAUACCGUCCUGCGGGCAUACGUUCCACAUGGACUGCAUCGACCUGUGGCUGGCCACGCAUACCACUUGUCCACUUUGUCGCAAAUCUCUCCUUGCUUCCACUAAAAGUCCUUGCGCACAUGGAGUACCAGAUAGUCGCGUGGAAACUGAUGGCGGGACUUGUGAUGAAGAUCCUCAAACUAGUCAAUAACCUUGAUAGCUUGUGGAGGGAGACGAAAGAGUUGUUCGGCCUAUUGGUGAAAGGAAUAGAAAUGCAGAAUGCAAUUAGUUGGAAAGGGAUAUGGAGAAUGUGAAGGAUACUGCAAACUGCUAUUGGUAAUAGGUCUCAGGAAUUGUAAUCAAUUUGGUUUGAGAAAUGUGUGUAGUGGACUGUAGACAACUAUUUUAUUUACUUUUUUUGGCCAGAUUUUCAGGGAAUGGAGGAGGCGUGCAUAGAAUAACUAGCUCAGUUGAUGUAGAAGAUAUACUGAGUUGUAUUUUUCAAGAAUUGAAAGAAAGAUGAUGUUAAGCAGUGGGAGUUGAGGGAAGUGUCUGGUUAAAGGUUAAGUGAGACUGUCCAACGAUAAAAACUCCAUUCUCUUCUGCU